CACAAACCCCGCCGCCGCCGCAUUUCUCAUUCCACCUCGCCACUUCCCCGUUCAGCAAACUGAGAGUCCAUCUCUUAUGGAAAAUUCUGAUCCGCAGCUUCCGACACUCGAAAUCCGCCUGCUGCAAAACCGUCGGAUAGCUGCUGAGGAAGUUGAUCGCCGGCACCCCCUUCAAGCGCGGCUUCGCUUCUCACCACCAGCGGGGAAAUUCUUACUCAAAUCCAGCAACCUGUUCGACGAAAUGCCGAGGUCAGGGGGAGCGAUCGGGGAGACAGACGAAGUGCAGGGCCUGAAAUUCAUCCCUAUAAAAAAGGACACACCUAGCAGGUUCGUGAAGUUUUUUCCCCUCUGUCUUACUGUGAAAUCGUUGAUCGUUCAAGCAGCCAGUUUCUUAUUCCUUCAUCCUUCAUCCUUCGUCAUUCCUACUUCUCCUUCCUUCAUCCUUCGUCCUUCUUCCUUCAUCCUUCGGCCUUCGUCCUUCCUACUUCUUCGUCCUUUCUCCUUCGUCGUUCGUCCUUCUUCCUUCUUCUUUGUCUUCUUCUUCUUCUUUCUUGGUACGGUUCUUUUUCACCUCCUCUCAAAAUGGCCAUGGCCGCGGCCGCAAAGGCGUUGUAUGUAGCGGAAAUGGCCGAGCUUGAAGCAGCCGUUAACCUCGAUAGAUUAGAACGCAAAAGAGAAUACCUGGUUAUUAGGAUUGUUGUCAAUCAAGUACCUCUCCACACAGCAUUAUUCUUUUGCCAAUCGAACAUUGACCGAGCCAGAGAAAAACUCGCCUUCCGAACUGCCAUCCGCCGAGCCGCCGCCGCUCUUCUUCCAUACGUUUUGGAACAGCCGGCCAAAAGGCGCCGGCUGCACUAGUCAGCCCGACUUCCUUUUUUUUCUUUUUCUUUUUCUUUUUCUUUCCUUCAAUCCUUUCUUGCUUUCUUUAGUUCGUUGGAUUUUUCCCCCUGCAUUUUCUUCUCGGGAAAUGACUAGGGAAGCUUGCUACGGCGGCGACAGUUGGUCCUCGACGGUGCCGUGUCAGCUGUUCUUUGUUCGCAUCUGCAAACUUGCGGAUCAUGGGUCAAUUUCAUUUGGGGGAUACGAAUCGGAGAGUCUAGCUUGGGAGAAAUUCUCAGUGUUCUCUCGCAAGAGGCCCAAGAAGGAUGUGGAGAAGUCUACUGCACCAGGUUUCGUUGCUCAGAAGAAGGCCUAUUUUGAGGAGUACUUCAAGGGUUUCAGAGCUAUGAAAGGGUUGUUCAAACGGGAAUCUAGGAUAGAUAGCAGAAGGGCAGGGAAAGUUAACGGUGUGACAAAAUGGGGAAGUUGCAGCAGUAGCAGCUAUACUGUACCAAUUCAGGUUCUGAAGAACGAGGAUAGUGCUGAUCUUGUUUCUAAUCACAAUGUUUCCACGAUGAUGGGGGAUGAGUGUGGGAAUGGUGAACGUCAAUCUCAAGCAGAUAGUUCAUCCAUUAGUAAUCCAGGUACCGUACGUAAAGAUCGCUUAAAGUGCUCCAAAAAUGGGAACCGUGCAAAACAAGGAAAGAAACAGAUCUCUGCCAAGGGGUCUGUUGCUUCAAUUGCAAGCAUAGUGAAACUGAGUACAGAUUUGGGGAAGAGAUCUGGUGGGUUGAAGCCAUCUGUGAGUCGAAGUGUUACGAAGAAGACGGUGAAAGAAAUUAAUCCUGCCCAGGCUUCCACAAGCACUAAAUCCAACCAUGCCAGUUCCGGUAAGAAACUCGGGGAAGUUCAGAAGAGUACAGCCAGUGGUGUUCACGUGAAAUCAACAAGAGAGAAGAUGGUGUCACCUGCAAAGAGCGAAAAUAGCUUAGUGAAGCCAAAUGUAACUUCAACUAGUUCAGGAAGGCUUCCAGUAUCUGCUCAGAACACGAAAGGGAUUGCUAUCACUGGCCAUCAGAAGAGACCAAGUCUCUCUAACAGGCUAUUUACCACAGUUCGGGACUCCCUGGGAUUGACAUAUGAUGUGUCAUUCGAAUUGAGCCUAUUUGAUAGGCUUCACCUCGGAUGGUACAUGGGAGCUGUCACUCUAACUCCAAGCAAGAAUAUUUCAUGCAUUAAAGAUCUCAAUUGGCUCUACGAAGCUGGUCAUGUGGGGAUGUCUAAGUUUGUUACAACUUCAAUUGGGAUCGUGCGAGAUAUGGCAAUUGGCAAGAUUAAAACCACUGAAAAAGCAUAUCAUGCUACUGUUGAGCAGGCCAUUGAUCGAAGGACAAGGAUGGUUUUGUUCAAAAUGCUUAAUCGCGGCGUGUUGAAUGAUCUGAAUGGAUGUAUUUCGACUGGAAAGGAGCUUCUUUGGGAGAGGAGGAGGAAACCGAAGAUGAUGGAUUCGGGGUACCAAUGCCAGGAGGGAGAAGGGGUUUAACGACGAUGACAUGACCAACAAGUUGUACUUCUCCGUAAGACUGAAUACACGGUUUUCUUUCGGUGGCCGCUGUCGUUACUGGUUCAACCGCUGAGACUUGCUGUAAAGCCCAUCCAUAUCAUCAGCACUGUGCUUACUUGGUGGGAAAUUCAUUCAUAGGCAAAAAGAAAUUUUGAGACCAUCAUUGUAACAGUAAAGACCUUUCUUGUAUCAUUUUUUUGCUGUAUAACACGAAUAGUGUCUGCCAUAAUCAUGUUCUUACAUAGAAUAGCAAUCCAAGUAGAAAUGUAAAGUCGUAAUUGUUUUUUUUUUUUUUGUGUGUG